GUUUAUAUUGAUUAAGAAGUUGUCUCUUCUCAAACCUGUUUUUGUAUUUUCUGCUUUAUUAUUAGGGAUGAAACAAAUAUCCAUCUUUAGUUAGAGAAAAAAAAUCAGAAUUGUGUUGAGAAAUGAAAGGAAGGGCCUACGUAAUGAUCUUCUUCUUCUGGGCUCUUCUCACUAUCAUCACCCCAAUGCUAGUUAGCUGGUCUCAGGCUCUCAAAGAACAUAAUAAAAAGGACUCCGGUCCAAGGAGAAUGAUGGGAUAUUCAGCAGAAAUGAUUUUGACAAGAGAGAUUGUUGAACGCUUAGAAGAAGAAGUAGAGUUGAUGAUGAAGCCGUCAAUGGCGCCUGCCCCUGAAGAUAGCUCUGUUUUACCAUCCAAGAAUCAAACUUCGAAGGGGAUAAACCAACAAGAAGGAUCAGUCACUAAACAUAAACCUCCCAUGAGUUUGCGAUAAAUUUCUUUGAAUAUUUUCUUUUUAUAUGUCUA